AUGAUUGUGACCCCAGCCGUAAAUGGCGCCAGAACCGUCCCACGACAACGUCCAGUCUUCCGGGCGGCGGUUCAGCCACUGCAACAGCUGCUCGUCGUGCUCCUGCUUGAACAGCUCGUGACUCUCGUGGUCCCGGGUGUUAGUGGUGCUGGCGCUGUUGGCCUCCUCGUCGUCGACGUUGAUCAUCUCGUUGAUACGUUUGGUAACCUCGAGGCAGAACGGCUUCGGCAGGGGCGCCCGAUUGACGAGAGACUUGGCGACCCGGGCGGACAGGCAGUACCUUCGGAACCACGACCACUUGUGAAUCUCCGAGCAGCACUGCAUCCCGUCGAGCUCGAGGUCGCAGGCGAGCGCGACCAGGACCUUGAAGAAGUCGCUGUGCAUCAGCUGUUUGCCACCGCGGACCAGCGGAUCCUCGAGGAGGCUAUCGCCGCGUCGUGCGUCGACAGGGAUUCGUCCAUGUUCUCGCUGCUCGAGUCCUCCUCCGGAUCGGACAGCCCGUACACGCUGGACAACGUCUCGCUGUCGCUCAACGCGGCGUCCGGGUUCUCCAGCAACCAGGCGACCACGCUCUCCGCCGUGAUCAGCACAGCCGUCGCCGUGCUCAGGCUCUUGAUCGCAAAUUCCACGCUCCUCUUCGGGAAGCCCAUCUCGGUGAGUUGCGCCACCAGCGGGCUCAUCGCCGGUGGACUCUUUCGUCCGCUGCUUUUGCAGUGUUUCUUCUGGCUGGACGUCAACGACACCAGGGAACAACAGUCGGACGCCGGGGAAUCAGGUUCCGAGACGCCCGACGCCGACGCCAUUCCCAUUCCCAUUCCCGUUGUCGUGGCCGUCGUCGCGGUCGUGGUCGUGGUCGUCGUCAUCGUCGUUGGGAUUCGCUUGCUCGGCGAUGAUGUUGAGGAGGAAGUUGAGCCAGGCCUUGGUGCUGAGGGACUUGCAGAGUUCGGUGGACUUGGCGAUGGCUCUCAACGAGCCAAGAGUCGCCCAGGUCUCGUGGUGUUCGCGCGCGAGCUGCGAGCGCGCGUUCAGCUGGCGAUUGUCCACCGACGUGGAAUCGUCCUCGGGAAGUCUCAGAUACUUGAGCAGGACCUCGCAGGGGCCUGGCACCAUCUGAUUCACGUCUGUUCGUCUCGACUUGGAAGCUGGGCAACGAACGUACAUACGACACUCGUUAGACACUGUCGCGAAUAAUUUGAAUCAGCGACAGUCUAAGGAGUCGUCGGACGCUUUCUCUCGACCAUGCGGCCAACCGACAGCAACGACACAUCCUCACUUGGUAAAAGAUGGAGAAGUUGUACCUGGUAUACAGCUUUGCGAGUUCAAAGAGAGACGGAACAAGUUGGUAGAAAAUAUUGUUUUGCACGCUUGCGUCACGAAUUCAGGCAAAUCACACAUUGUCGUGAUUCCUUCCUCGUCCAAAGUGUACAUGUCUGACAAAAUUCCAUAUGUUUUUCGUCAAAAUACUGACUUUUUGUAUUUCACUGGUUGUCAAGAGCCUAAUGGUAUUUUAGUAAUUACUGUAAAAGACGAAAGCUUCUUGACUAGCCUCUUUUUGACACAACGGGAUGAACAUUCCCAAUUAUGGGAUGGCCCUACAACCAGAGUUGAAACAGCACCCAAAAUGUUUGGCGUCGACGCAGCAUUUCCAGUAACAGAGUUUGAACGGUUCUUCAUUUCGUUUAUGAAUGAGAAUAAGAAGAGUGUCAUUUGGUGUGACACUGUGGACUUGGCACAGUCGAAUUUACACAAAAAGUUGUGCGAGUUAGUGAAAACGACAGGUGGUCAAAUGCUCGUCUCUCCAACCAAUAUAAUGCACAGGAUCAGAUUAAUUAAAUCACAAUCUGAGAUAGAUCUAAUGAGAAAGAGCUGUGAGAUCAUUUCAAGAGCAAUAUCCAAAACUAUAGAAAUAUCGAAACCUAAAAUGAGCGAACAUCAUUUGUUUGCAACUGUAGAUUAUGAAUGUCGGAUGAAUGGUGCAGAAUUUUUGGCAUAUCCACCAGUUGUUGCCGCGGGUAAAAACGCUAAUAUUAUUCAUUAUAUUACCAACAAUCAAAUAAUUCAGGACGGAGAUAUGAUUUUGAUGGAUGCAGGUUGCGAAUAUCAUGGUUAUUCAUCCGAUGUAACCAGAACAUGGCCAAUUAAUGGAACAUUUACGCAAGAGCAAAAGAUCUUGUACAGCAUAGUACUGGAUGUUCAAAAUAUUUUAAUUCAUAAACUAAAAGAGUUGCCAUCGUUAGAUCAAUUAUAUCACGAUAUGUGCUCUUUACUAGGCAAAAGAUUACAAGAAAAUGGACUAAUACCGAAACAUUUGAAUAAAAAUGAAUUGUUUUCCGCGGUUUAUGCCUAUUGUCCACAUCAUGUUAGUCAUUAUUUGGGAAUGGAUGUGCACGACACAGGAAAGAUCUCUAGGAAUAUAAAACUUCAGCCAGGAAUGAUAGUUACAGUAGAACCUGGAAUAUAUGUAACUCAUAAAAAUCGAUUUGCCCCGCCAGAAUUUCAUGGUUUAGCUGUUCGCGUCGAGGAUGAUAUUUUAAUAACGGAAAAUGAUCCGGUAAUUUUAACGGAAAGCUGCCCAAAAGAAAUUGCUAAAAUAGAAGCUUUAGCGAGUCAACAUUUAAAUAAUAAUGAUUCUACUUGCGUGUAAUAAUUAUACAGCAAAUUUUUAUAAGAAACUUCAAAGCGAAAAAUUUUACAAAGUGGACAGAAUAUGAAAAGGCAUGUAAAAUAUCUAAACUACAUGAAUCAAGAUUCUUUUCUUUCUUUAAUUAUAUUAACUUAAUUUUUAUAUAUACUGCCUCAUUUAAUAUAAUUUUAUUGAUAUAAUUAAUACGAUUCGAUCACUCUAUUUUUUUAUUUUAUUUUAUUUCAAAUUAAAUAUAUAAUACAUGAGAAAUAAUUGUAUACAAAAUUAGGCAUAUUUUUAUUUUAUUCGUAAAUUUCUUGGAAAUUGAACAAAUGAACGUUAUAUACUUGCAACCAAUAAAGAAUAAUUAGGAAAAACAAUAAUAUAGUAUAUACAAAAAGGGCUAAUAUAAACAUUUAUACAAAAUUAAAUUUAUUCGCUAGAUAAUUACUCAAAUGUGAUUAUCGAUCUAAAUGCUAUGAAUAUUUAACGUAAUGUAACAAAUAUCAUUGUAAAAAGAUCACAUCGAUUGAAAUUAAGAUCGAAGAAAUUAAGAAGAAACUAAAAUAUUUAUCAUACAUUGGUUUGUACAAACUUGUACGAAUAACUGCUCAAUUACAUUUGUUACGUGUAAAAUAAAGUCGCGCAAAUUUGCUCGUUGAUAUUAAGCAUGAAAGAAUCUUGACACAACGUAUUACACAACAAGAUUUUUUAGUUUAGCAUCAGCUUGCUUUAAAGUGAUGUAAUUUUUUAAUUGUUUUACUCGUAGGCGUGCCCAAACCAAAUGAUCAUGCAGUGCAUGAAUUUGAGCAGCUGCUAAUGCUGCACUUUCAGGAGAAGCAACUGUGGUGCAUCCAAUUCCUGAAA